GGUGACCAGACGCGGAGCCCGUAAUCUUUUCCGUCGCGCGUCGUCAUGAGAGAGGGAAUCUCCACAGCUUCGUCGAAGAGUUAUACACGUGACUCAUCGUCUUCCAUGUUCUUCAUUACUUUUUCAUUCCUCCCUUCCUCAUUCUUCGACCAGUCUUAACUUCCUCCAAUCUCUGGUGGGGUUUCAAUUUUCUCGUUGUCUCGUGCGGGUUUUUUUGGUGUAGCAUCUGAGGGUCAAAUGACACCAUAAGUUGAUUCUUCUAGAGAGGAUGGCUCUAUUUUAGAAUGAUCUGUUAUGUUCAUGGUUUCUCACGUACAUUUGAAUUUCUUUGUUGCUUGUAAGUUAGCCGUUUGCUAUUCAAAGGCUAGGAGUUGAGAAGUGAUUCGCAGCACAGAGCUGCAAUGUCAAACAAUUGCUAGGUGCCAUCUCUUCUCAGCGUUAGAAAAUGAUCGUAUUCGACCUUACCUGCCUCUUGAAGCUCUUCCCGCCAACGGAUACUCCAAACAAGCUCUCAGAAAUGUGUUAAGUUUAAUCUGGAAAAUGGAAGGCCGUGAUCGAGUUUGAACGGGCGGUGCAUUUGCAUUUUUCGUAUCCUGAUGACGUGGCGUUUUGUGAACUUUUCGAUUAGUUGGACGGAUGGGAUUCAUGGCCGAACAGGAGUUGCCCGCGCCGAGGAGCCGAACGCUUCCAAGCUAAACUUCUUCACGGUUCCCUUGCUACCUAUAAUUUUGACCCCUUCGUGUUGGUGAUUUGGCGAAGGUUCAGAAAAACCGAUGGCAGACUCAAAGUGUAAUUCGAAAAUGUUCAGUAUACGGAUUGUGUCUAUCGACUACUACAUGGCACAGCCGAUUCCAGGCCUGGAUAUCUGUUACAGUAGUUUCCAUGGUGGGAAAGUGAAUGAGGUUCCCGUUAUAAGAAUAUACGGUUCUACUCCAGCUGGGCAGAAAACUUGUUUGCAUAUACAUCGGGCUUUGCCGUACAUGUAUGUGCCAUGCGCUGAUAUACCUCUUCAGUCAGAUCAAGAAGGAGAUGCGUACACAUAUAAGGUAUCUGCAUCUCUUGAGAAAGCCUUGAAGCUAAAAGGCAGCAGCGGUUUGACAAGACAACAUGUACAUGGCUGCAGCCUUGUAAGAGCAAGGAGAUUUUAUGGUUAUCAUUCAUCAGAGGAAUUAUUUGUGAAGAUAUACCUAUAUUAUCCACAAGAUGUCUCCCGUGCUGCUAAUCUACUAUUGGUCGGUGCUGUUCUUGGCAAAAGCUUACAGCCCUAUGAAUCACAUAUUCCCUUCAUUCUUCAGUUUCUGGUUGACUAUAACUUGUAUGGCAUGGGUCUCCUGCACUUGUUAAAGUUGAAGUUCCGCCAUCCUAUGCCAGAUUCUUCUCACAAGAAAUUGAUUUUCAAUAAUCAACGGACAGGGGCUGAUACGGAUGGUGAUGCGUGUUUAGGGCCAGCAGCGUGGGCCUUAUCAAUGGUCUCACCUGAUCGGAUGUGGCAACUUCCAAGUGAAUUGGAUGCUUCAUCAAAUCAUGAGGCUCAUUGCCCUAAACGUCAAAGCACAUGUGAACUGGAGGGCGAUGCUUCUGUAGAUGAUAUUCUUAAUCAGCAGUUUAAAAUGUAUUCGUCCCUCUCACAAACCCGAUCAGAUGUGCAAAAGGUUCAGUCUCUUGUACCAAUUUGGAAGGAGCAGCAAGAAAGGACUGGCAUUUAUGAGGAUACUAUAACUCGUGAUACUGGGAAGCCACUGCCAGAAGUUGUUAUGAGAAGUCUUUCUGGUGGUCUUGACUUUGAGAAAAAAUUUGUUGAAAUGUGCUGUGAAGCUGAAACCUGUGCAUCUUUUAUUUCAUCUGAAGAGUCGAGAGAAACAGACAUAAUAGGUUCAGCAUCGCCACCAGCUUCACUAUGCAAAGAUGCCAAAUUGCAUGAAGAAGGGACUGAGGCAAAUCUCAGAUUGUUGACUGUUGAUGAAAUGCAAUCAUCUGAGAUUAUUGGAACACAGGGCAAAAAGGCUGCAGAUAAGGAAGCAUUGAAUCUCCUAAAGUGGCUUGCAACUUCUCAAGCUGCAGAGGAUAUUAACUCUGAUGAUGAACUUAUUCGUGAAACCAUUUUGAGUCCCUUGUUACCUGCUACAACAAUUGAUAAGGUGCUGGAGAAAGCUAAUAUGGAUUACGAAAGUGAGUCCCAAAAGGAGUGUCAAGAUAUUCUUGAUUCCAUUGACGAUCAACUUCAGCUGGAGUCAUCAAAGAGAAAGCCACCUUUUUCCUCAAAUUUUAAUUGUCCUGUUGAGUCUUCAUCAAACAAUAUGAUUCCCCAAGUUGAUGGUUCUGCCGAUGAUGAGUUUGCAAGCCCAAGUUCUGGUUCAGAGGGAAUUUCAUUUGCACUGGACCAAAAAGGUGAAUCCAAGAGGUCUUCCAAACACUGUAUACUGCAAAAUACCAGAACAAAUACUUAUAGCAAAGAUAACAGGAAUAAAGUAUGGGGCACUUUGCCAUUGUCAAUGACCCAUAACAAUUUUGAUCAUGCUAGUUUACAUUGUGGCCAUACUUCUGAAAAGGAAACUGUAGAAUCUGUUGACUCAGAUUGUUUGGCCAGAAAUGAGAUAGAGAAUAAUGGCAUAAAGAAUGGGGAUGAAGGUGUUUCAGACAUAAAAGGAGUACAAACACUGGAUAAUUGCUCUGUGCGGGACUUGAUGAGGAGAAAGAGAUGCUAUCGAGUUGAACAAGCUGACAGUGAAUCUGAAAUAACUAAAAAACUACAUUUAGAUGGGGAUGAGAAACUCAAAACUGAUGGAGAAACAGAAGUCCAGAAGAGCUGUGUCCUGAAAAUGACCAAUCAUGAUUUAGUGUGUAGGAAAGCACCCCUUGUAGCUGGCAGUCAAACCGGACUGAGUCUCUGUGGACCGAAGAAGUUUCACUCUACUAGUUCUUCUGAUUACUCAGAGGUUUCCAGUGGUAAAAAGUUUAAGGUUGACUCAACACAUGUACAAACUGACAACUGUCCACAAAUUGACAUGGCAGCCUUAGGUAGUGUGCAAAGCUCUUCGAUUGAGAAUAUACAGUCUGUCAGAGAUAAUUGCAUGUAUAAAUGUCCUUAUGGAAGCAAAUCUUAUGAGCAACACGGUCAGAUGAGGUCAUGUGAUAUUGUUGUGGGUGCGAAUACUGCAACUGACAUUCAAGUAUUGCAAUGUGUAAGAAGUGAUGGCAAAAGACCUAGAGAGAAUUUGGGUUUUUAUGAGACUAGUGGCAUAGAACCUUCGAUCAAUGACAUUAUGGGUGAUCACAUGAGAUUAACCUCUACAAGGGCAUCUGCCAUGGCAGUGAAACCUCUGGAUGAUGUUAUUCCUGCUUCUGCUGGUAGUUACCAGAAUGAGAUGGAAACUUGGAACAAGCAUGUCGCCGAUAAUGCCCCGGAUUCUAAGGGGAAAAGGGUCUUGGGUGUUGCCAAAUACUAUCAGAAUGAUGGCUCUCAUCUAUGCCUAUUGAAACCCAAAUUUUUGCCUCCUUCUGAGGGUAAUGUUCGGAGAUGGCUACUUUGUGACGAGAGAGAUCAAAUGUUUCAACAAUCUGAUGCAAAGGAGAAGCAUAUGCCUAAAUGGAAUACAAGACCUUGUCUUAUGUCUAAACAUGUCCAAGAUGUUGAUUCUGAAAAGAAGUCUCCAUGCAUCAGCAGUGGAGAAAUGAAUAUAAUCAAAACAAGCUUGGACGGCUCGCAAGAUACUUCUCAGAUAUCAGGCCCUGAUGGGAAAUCAACGCCUACUCCUCUUAGUCAAAUUGGAUUUUGUGACCCUGCAAGAAUUGGCUGUGGACAGCAAUUGACGGUACUCAGUAUUGAGGUUCUUGCAGAAUCAAGAGGAGAACUUUUACCUGAUCCCCAGUUUGAUGCCAUCAACAUUGUAGCUCUUGGUUUUCAAAAUGAUAGUGACACUGUUGUUGAUGUUCUCGUCCUUUUGCAUUGUAAACUAGAACCUUGUCAAAGAAAUUUUGUGAGUCUAUCAGGCUGCAAGGUGUUGGUUUUCACAGAUGAAAAGCACUUGCUAAAAAAAUUUAUUAAUAUUGUAUCUUCGUAUGAUCCAGAUAUUCUGAUGGGUUGGGAUAUCCAAGGCGGUUCUCUUGGUUUUUUAGCAGAAAGGGCUUUGCAUCUUGGAUUAGGGUUACUUAAUAGUUUAUCUCGUACUCCAUCUGACUCUUGGAUUACUUCUGGUGAUACUGAAACUUCUGAAAAAGACAUAUCAGCAACUGCCGUUCCUGAUAUAUCUAGUGCAGAUGAUGUACAAGAAAGUUCGAUAAUUGAGGAUGAAUGGGGACGAACACAUUCCAGUGGAGUUCAUGUUGGUGGCAGAAUUGUGCUUAAUGUGUGGCGACUUAUCCGUGGAGAAGUUAAGCUCAAUUUAUACUCAGUUGAAGCUGUAGCUGAAGCUGUAUUGAGGAGGAAAGUUCCUUCAAUUCACAACAAGGUCCUAACCAAAUGGUUUUCUGGUGGUCCUGGAGGAGCAAGGUAUCAGUGUGUCAAAUAUAUUACUGAGAGAGCAAAGCUGAAUCUUGAGAUAUUAAGCCAACUUGAUAUGGUUAAUCGAACAUCAGAACUUGCUCGUAUUUUUGGUAUAGAUUUUUUUUCUGUUCUCUCCAGAGGUUCACAAUACCGUGUCGAAUCGAUGUUUCUGAGGUUGGCACAUACACAAAACUAUCUCGCCAUCUCUCCUGGGAAUCAACAGGUUGCUUCUCAACCUGCCAUGGAGUGCCUGCCUCUUGUGAUGGAACCAGAGUCAGGAUUUUAUUCAGAUCCGGUUAUUGUAUUUGACUUUCAGUCAUUAUAUCCAUCCAUGAUAAUUGCAUACAACCUUUGCUUUUGUACGUGCCUUGGCAAAGUUGUGGCAUCAAAAGAAAACACGCUUGGGGUUAGUUCAUUUUCACCAGAGCAACAUGUUCUGCGGGAUCUAAAAGAUCAGAUUUUGCUUACUCCAAACGGUGUUAUGUUUGUUCCUUCGAAGGUUCGUCGAGGUAUACUGCCACACUUGUUGGAAGAAAUUUUAUCAACUAGGGUAAUGGUGAAACAAGCAAUGAAAAAGUUGGCUCCUUCACAGCAAGUCCUUCAGCGGAUAUUUAAUGCAAGACAGCUUGCUUUGAAGCUUAUAUCAAAUGUGACAUAUGGCUACACUGCUGCUGGAUUUAGUGGUCGUAUGCCUUGUGCAGAGCUUGCAGACAGUAUUGUUCAAUGCGGCCGUUGCACGCUGGAAAGGGCUAUAUCAUUUGUAAAUCAGCAUGAUAAGUGGAACGCAAAAGUCAUUUAUGGAGAUACUGAUAGCAUGUUUGUUCUUCUCAAAGGACGCACUAUUAAAGAAUGUUUCCAAAUAGGGAGUGAGAUUGCUUCUGCUGUCACCGCUAUGAAUCCUAGUCCUGUCACCCUGAAGUUGGAGAAAGUUUAUCAGCCUUGUUUCCUCCUUACUAAGAAGCGGUAUGUUGGUUACAGUUAUGAAAGCCCUGAUCAAGGUGAGCCAGUUUUUGAUGCUAAAGGUAUUGAGACAGUUCGUAGAGACACGUGUGGUGCAGUUGCAAAGAUAAUGGAACAGUCUUUGAGGCUCUUUUUUGAAAAUAAGGAUUUAUCGGAGGUGAGAAGUUAUUUGCAACGUCAGUGGAAGAAAAUUCUUUCGAGCAAAGUCUCCAUUAAAGAUUUUGUCUUUGCUAAGGAGGUUCGUUUAGGUAGCUAUAGUGCAAGGACAUCAUCUUUACCUCCAGCUGCAAUUGUUGCCACCAAGGCAAUGAGAUUUGACCCUAGGGCAGAACCGCGUUAUGCUGAGAGAGUACCUUAUGUUGUAAUCCACGGAGAGCCUGGAGCCCGCCUGGUUGACGUGGUUGUGGAUCCAUUGGAAGUUUUGGCACUUAAUUCCCCACUCAGAAUAAAUGACUUGUAUUACAUCAAUAAACAAGUAAUACCUGCUUUGCAGCGGGUGUUUGGGCUUGUUGGUGCUGACCUGAACCAAUGGUUCUUAGAGAUGCCCCGUCCUUUAAAGGAUGCACGUGUAAAGCAUCUCAUUGCUCCAAAUUCACAUCGAACGAGAAUUGACUCGUAUUAUCUGUCAAAACAUUGUAUACUGUGUGGCGGGUUGGUUCAGGCGUCUGCACACAUAUGCAUUCAGUGCUCUGAAAAUGGAGUGGCCGCUGCAACGGCUGUGAUUAGUAAAACAUCAAAGUUGGAGCAAGAGAUGCAGCAUCUUGUUGCUAUAUGUGACCACUGUGGAGGUGGAGGCAGGUUUCUGGAAAGUGAUGUAAAGUGCACAUCAAUUUCAUGCUCGGUGUUUUAUGAGAGACGAAAAGUUCAGAAAGAACUACUAGCGAUGAACCAUGUUGCUGCUGGUGCAGGCUUCUAUCCGAAGUGCAUGGUCGAGUGGUUCUGAGCAGUCAACUGUUGCGUUUGAGCCUCUGAUAUGUAUGUAUUUAUUUGUGUAUACGAUUAGAUUUUAGGAGGUUUGCCAUAUUUGGUUUUCCCCUUAUUCACAAAAUUCAUGUUUCCGCAUCUUUCUCAGCUACAAAUAUUCUUAUAUUAAGAAAAAAAAAAAAAGAAGCAAAUCUCUCUGCUUCAUACGUGCGAAAUU